GUGUCCCUGUCCCUGUCCCCCCGGUCCUCUGAACUUGUCUCCGCCGUCUUCCUUCACACAAUGUCCGCCGCGGGUUGAUGUCUCUCCGGUGGAGCAGGUGGACGCGGGUCGAGUCCCGGAAACUCGCUCCUUCUAUGGGUUGAGGAGCGAGUUCGUCCGGGAGGAAACUAACGGUCCUCGGCGUUAGCUCCAUGCUAGCUCCAUGUUAGCUCCAUGUUAGCUCCAUGUUAGCUCCAUGUUAGCUCCAUGUUAGCUUCAUGUUAGCUUCAUGUUAGCAUCGCAGCAACAGGUCGGCUAGUCUCCCGGGAAUCGGAACCUGUUUGUGCGGGAGGGAACUAACGGUCCUCCGUGUUAGCUCCAUGCUAGCUCCAUGUUAGCAUCAUGUUAGCUCCAUGUUAGCAUCGCAGCAACAGGUCGGCUAGUCCCCCGGGGCUCGGACAUGGAGCGAACCGCUUUCUCCAGAUACUCCUGGAUCGACUUCGCGUUCUCGGUGGUCGGGGUGUGCACCUUCCUGGUGGACUGGGCAUCGGACGUGUGGGUGGCCACCGAGUUCUUCUGCCGCGGGGACCUGCUGUGGUUCUCGGUGCUGGUCGGCCUCAUGGUGCUGUCCUCGGUCGUGGUCCAGAUGUUCAGCUGGUUCUGGUUCCAGUACGACCGGGAGCUGCCCGGGUUCAGCGGGCGGCCCGGGGCCGGGACCGUGCUGUUCGGGGACCGGGUGAGGAUCUCCUGCCUGCUACAUGUGCUGCAGCUCGGCUUCCUCUGCAGGCACAUCUCCGCCAUACGUCAAGGCUUCAGGGUCUGGUGGCGGAAAGAGGAAGGGUCCGAGUACGCCGUGUACCUGACCCAUGACCUCAGCAUGCUGCGCCUCAUCGAGACGUUCUGUGAGAGCGCGCCACAGCUCACCCUCAUGAUCUACGUCAUGCUGCGCACCAACAAGGCCAGGACGGUCCAGUUUGUGAGCAUCGCUGCAUCCACCACCUCCAUCGCCUGGAUGGUGGUGGACUACCACCGCUCCCUGCGCUCCUUCCUCCCGGACAAGGCCAAGCAGGGCUGGGGUUCCUCCCUGAUCUACUUCCUGUGGAACCUGCUGCUGAUCGCCCCUCGUGUGGCGGCGCUGGCUCUGUUCGCCUCGGUCCUGCCCGGGUACAUCGGCGUCCACUUCCUCAUCCUGUGGCUUGUCUUUGUGCUGUGGGUGUGGCGGCAGAAGACGUACUUCAUGGACAGUGUGGCUGGCGAGUGGCUCUACCGGGCCACCGUAGGACUCAUUUGGUACUUCAGCUGGUUCAACGUAGCCGAUGGUCGGACCCGGGGGCGGAGCCUCGUCUACCACUCCUUCAUCACCACGGAUGCAGGGAUCCUGCUGGUGACGUGGUGGUGCUACAGGGACCCGGUCCAGACGGAGUCCUACGCCCUGGCUCUGAUCAUCACUCUACCUCUCAUCUACCUCCUGGGACUGCUCUUCAAAACCCUCUACUACUGCCUCUUCCACCCCAAACUGUGGAGGCCCCCCAUGAGGGACCCCGGGCUGCCCGCUGAUCUGCCUGAUGCUGAAGUGUCCUUCAGAGACAUGUCCAUCCAGGACGGCACGCUGUCCUCCCAGCUGCUCAACAAACGCAUGGCCUGCCACGCUUCGAAUUUUUACUCGGAGCAGAAAGACGUUGGACAGACAGACAAAACCAAUAAAGCAGAAUCCCCAUGUCUAUGAUGUCUGUGAUGUCACAGCCAGUCGUAUUCAGUUGAUAAACGUAACAUUGUGCGGAAGUGAUGGAGUGUUGUCCGUCUUCAUCAGUCCAACUCUUAACUGUUUCCUGUGCUCAGUGUAAACCACAGACUGUUUAUCAUGAAGAGGGAAAGAAAUGAAGCCAAAAGAUCCUGGAUACGAGCGCGGCCAUCUUGUGCCAAUGACGUCAUCUUCGUAUUCAACCAACAUACAAGCUCGGAAACAAUACUUGAAACAAAAUCCUAUUAACAGUAUUCACGGUACAUGUGCUUUUACGAUAUCAUAUUCCAACAUAUUCAGGUUCUUUGUACAAACAUCUAAUAUAACAACGACUUUUAUACAACAAGAAAUCGUGAAGGAAUAAGCUUAAACAAAAUCCUGUUUAUAUAAUACACGGCAAUAUAUCUCAACUCUACUUGAAGCUACUGUAAUAUGAUAAGCUAGGUUUUUGAAAAAUGCUCGUAACGUUUGGCAUAUAAUUUUUUACAAGUGAAUGUAUUUUAAUGUUUCGAUACAUGAAGUCAACUUGUACAUGUGGAAAUUAUUUCACAUGUUGCCAAAGGUUUGUGGUGGUUGCGUCAACACCUUGUUUUUCCACAAUGCAAAAACGUUCUAAUUUCUCAACGUUUUACCAGCAUUUGAUCCCUGUAACUUUUGGAAUUUGCUUUAAAACUUUAAAGUUUAUACUAUUCAGGGGUUCACAUGACAACAGACGUGCGUUGUGAAUGUGUGCGUUGUGCCGUUGGGUUGUGUCUCAGCUGCUACCACUACAACCUCUCUGAAGGACCUUGAAUGUAGAUCUGACUCAUAAGCUCUACUUACGAGACAUUCUCUUGUUUAAUUGUCAAAUCAUUUCCCUAUAACUUCAGUUCAAACUCAUCAAAACAAACUUUUCCCUCAGUUUAUGAGUAAUGCUGCGCUAAACAGUUAUUCUCGGUGAAGCAUGUUCACUUUAAUUCUCUUUAAAAGUCUGUUCAAGUUGCCGUUGUUGUUUUUUGGUUUGUGUUAUUUUUACAUGUCAAACCUGUUUUUGUUGAUUAAAUUCACAAAAAUGUUCAUAUGCAAUGUUCAAAGAAAAGAUUUUUGGUACAGACUCUGCUGAGUGGAUGUUUUUCUCAUUUGCCAAGUGCAAUUAUUAAAAAAAAUACCUGUA